AUGACCCUCAAAAAACCAAAUACUCCUUUGACACCAGUUCAAAGUCCCUCAGACCUCUUUUCAUCCAUCAGAUCGCGACUUUCACCACCAUAUCUUCCCCUAUCUUCCGAUGACAGCCAAACAAAGCGUCUAGAAAACCGACACUGGAGACUAUGGUUUCGCAAGUCAGGGAUAGAUAUCAAACCAACAACAAUUUCCCCAAUCACACCUCCUUAUUCAUUAGAAGAUAUCCCACGCUCGUCUACCACACAGCCAAUGCAAAAUAUUGUGCCAAUUAAACCACCAGAUAUCCAGAUUAGCCUUGAACAUGAAAACGAUAAGGAAGAUGGCGAUAGAGAGGAUGACGAUGAGACCGUAUUUGACGAAGACAAUCCAAACGCAAUAAGUUCACACGAUGCUUCGAUUGUUUUCACCAAACAAAUACCUCAAAAAGUCUGUCGAAAAUCUCUCCUUACUAUUUUACUCAGUCAGAAGAUGCCUACACCACUAGUUCUUGUUUCUAGAAGUACAGUCCCCAACACCCAAGUGUCAUCUCUUGUCUCCAAAGCAAAACUUAUUCAGAAUUCGAAUACUUGCCUUCACAGUAGUCUUGUACGGUCCUCAGAAUGGAGAUCUCAGACAAACGCUCACCCUACCCAGAUGCCCCUCUUAGAAGCAUCACUAAAGCCAUUGCUUCAAACAUGCAAUAACCCAAACAGAAAGUACUACGAGAGUCGGACAAAGGAAACACUUUCCAAAAAGACACACCCACAAAUACACAUUCAUAAUUAUACCCAAUCCUCUGUUGUCAUGGCCAGAGUUUGCCCAAAUAUAGCCGAUGUGCGCUACAUCUGUCAACGUGCUGCCAACGCCAUCAUCUCCGAGAUCGGCCCAUAUCGAGUCUCGACAGAUGCACUACAAGCAAUAAACCUUUUUCUCGACGAAUUUCUCGUUCUCCUUCUUACGUCUUCAGCAUCGCUCGAUCUUUCACGCAUCAAAUCAGUAGUCUUUACACUCUUACCCUCAACUCUGGGAAAGAAUGCAAUUGUAGAAGCUGAAUUAGAAGUAAAGACGUUUACCGAAACUGAAACAAUUGACUAUGAAGCCUAUGAGCGUAUGCGACUCCUAGGCCAAUCAGAACCCUUUCCUACUCAAACUGUAUUGCCGUGCCUGAGAGAUAAAUGUUUUGAGUUUUGCACGCUUGCUGACAAAGAGGAUCAGCAGCAAUGGAUGGCACUCAAAGCGAAACCACCAAGCGAUAUUAUUAUUUCACCUAUGGUGGCAAUUUAUGUCACAACAGUACUUGAACAUAUGGCUGAGUAUAUUCUCACAGGUGUUGUAAUUGCAGCAGAACAUGAAGAUACUGAGUACGUGCGAAUUAAGGAAGUAUUUUUGGCCCUUAUUGAUGAUGUCCAAGUUGGCGAUGUCUUUUAUCGCAUGGAUAUGCGCGAAAAGAUGGAGAAACGUGCAAUAACACUUGGCUAUCGACCAAGAAACUCAAUGACACCUUCUCGUACUUCAAGUCCUACUCCUUCGCGUAAACAGAACUUUUUACCUGAUGCCAUGAGCGAAAGUGUCAAUGGGAGCUUCAUGGAUAUUUCUUUUGAUGAUAUGGAUCUCGGUUACGAUGAUGAUCGCACAAUUGCCAGUCGACCCAACACACCUUUUCGUCCAAAUUCUGUAAUAACACAAAAUAACAAUAAUACUACCAGUACUUUUUACGGCGUACAAUCCACCCAAAAAAAGGCCUAUAAAGUAUUCAAAAAAGAUGAAUCCAACACCCUUGAUGUCCCCGAAGGACCAAGUUCAUAUGAUCCCGAUGCUCCAGCAAUGAAUUUUGAAGACCUGAUCCGUUCAGGAUCAACAGUUCGUGUCUCACUAACGCCUAACCGUCUCCGAUCAAUUGAGGUCAAAGAUCUUGCUGCUGUCCAACCACCCGAAUCCCCAUCCUGGGAACGCCGAUCCACCACCCUUCCCCGUAUUUCUACACCCCCAGCGCCUCGCCCUGAGAUGCCAUUUAUUCAAUCUCCGUUGGAGAUGCCCGAGGAAUCUAUUCAUCCUACAGCACCGCCAAUCAUAGAAGACCCAACUCCAGAAGCUCGAUUUGAGAAUCCGCGCGAAGCUCCUAAACCACCUCAACACAAGCAGGCAGCUGUGGUAACACCUUCACGCUCAAAAAGGAAGCAAUCACUUGACAGAGUUCCAGAGGAACCAAAGAAGAUUGACGAGCCAAUUUUGCGACGUGGUAGUAUGAGUAGUCGAAAGAGCCGAGAAAAUCUUCGUCGUCAGCGUGAAAAAGACGAAGAGUAUCAAUUACAGCAGCAGCAAAAACCUCAAGAAAACCAACAGGAUCAACCACAACAACAGCCACAACAAGAUCAACAAAGCGUCACUCCUUCUAUUCCAUCUCCUUCACUUUCUCACCAAGACAGCCCAACUGUUGUUGUACACACACCUGUUCCUGAGAAUGUAAUUUCUACUGCUCCUGAACCUACACCUACACCCGCAACAAGUACCGAGCGUCAGACCAAGGUUCAUCGCAAGGGUUCAUUUAAAAAGUCGUCAAAGGCUCACAAAUCAACUCCUGACUUGAGUAUCCAUCGGGACUCUGACACUUCUUCUGUUGACACAGCAUCACUCACUCCUCGCCCGGAGCGCCCAUCGAUGAGUGUAGCCAAACGAGCAUCUGUACUUGCCAGCCGUCGUCAAUCAGCUCAUGAAGACGGCAUGGACCGUCAACCCGUCCGCCUCUCGACCGCUGGUUCGGUUGGUUUAUCAAUCAAGGCUUGGGAUGAAAUUUCUAAGCAAAAACUUCAGAAGGAAGAAGAGGAGCCCAAAGAAAAGCGACGUUCAAUGAUCCACCAGUGGCGGGAAAAGAUUGACUCUGAAGAUGAUUCGGAUGCUUCUUCUCGUCGCAAAGAAAGUGCUGUUUUAGACAAGGUCUUGAAGUUUGAACAAGUCAGCUCGCUCGAUGACUAUAGAGCAUCGUAUGUGUCUCGUCGCGAACGUUUCUUGUAUCUCCAGAGAGAUCCUAUUGCUCUUGAGCGCAAGAAGCCAACUCCCGUCAGACAACCUCGUGGCAUUGACGCAUCUGUGCAAACUGAAACAGUAGUACCUAUUGUUGCUGUCAGAAAAACAGGUGGAAACUUUGGUGAUGAUGAUACUUUGACUUCUGCACCAAUGCUUAUGUUGACUACUGAAGAUGGUAAUGGUCGUGCUCUUGAUAGAGCUGAUUUAGAUAGCGAACAUGGCAUGGUCGAUGGUGACGAAGAAUGGUUCUUACAGGACGAUGAAUGGGAGGAUGUACAGGAUCAGGAAAGUGCUGUUGUCGAUUGGCUUCUCGGUGAAGCGUAA